GUGGCUGCUUUCCUCUCCUCAUUUUUGGGAGCUCUGCCUCCAACACAGCUGCCCUGCACAUCUGGUUCCUUGAUGGAUGAAGAAAGCGAACUGAUCCAGCCCCAAGAACAGAGCUGCUGGGCCACCCUGCCCGAUGUUUGCCUGAAUCGUGUCUUCUGGUGGCUGGGGGACAGGGACCGGUCCAGGGCGGCCCUGGUGUGCAGAAAGUGGAACCAGAUGAUGUACUCCGCAGACCUCUGGCGAUACAGGACCAUCACGUUCAGCGGGAGGCCUUCCAGGGUGCACGCAUCUGAAUUUGAGUCCGCUCUUUGGUAUGUGAAGAAAUUUGGUCUUUAUCUGGAGCACCUGGAGAUCAAAUUCCUGAACCCUUACAAUGCUGUCUUGACCAAGAAGUUCCAGGUCACCAUGCGAGGCCUCCUCUCCUGUUUGGGCAAGAGCAACAACCGCCUGAGGUCACUUUCCGUCCAGUAUCUGGAACUGGACCGCGCAGUUUGGAGGAGCAACAUCAGGAGUUCGUUCAUUAAGAGCCUGAGCUUCUUCUUAAGGAAGAUGGGCAAACACCUGGAUUACCUCAACCUGAAAGGGGCCCGCAUGACGGUGGAGCAGGGCUGCCACGUCCUCAACUCUCUGGGCUACUUAAGGAAUGAGAGUUUGGCCUCAGAGCUCAACAUCGAGGACUUUUUCAGCCACCACCUUGCUGUCUACAGCAGCCCCCAAUUCCGCAAGACCAUGGCCAUGUUCCGCAACCUGGAGUCCCUGACCCUCAACUACAAUUGUCUCUCGGACGAGCUGCUGGAGAACUUGUGUGAGAACAAUGCCAGUACCCUCUGGACCAUAAACAUCAAGUGCCACAUUCACGACCCCCACGGACAGGUCAUCUGGGGCAUGUCCUGGGCCAAGCUGACCAAGCAGGCUACCAACUUGAAGGUCAACUUCUUCUUCGAGCGGGUCAUGAAGUACGAGCGUUUGGUACGGAUCCUCUUGCAGGAGAUCCCACUGCGGAGCAUCAGUCUGAGAAGCUGCUACUUCAGUGACCCGGACUGGUCCAUGAGACCCACCCUGAGGGACCUGCUGCCCGUGUUCCGACACACUCUACAGAAAUUAACGUUUGAGUUCAACAACAACCACGAGUCCCUGGACGAGGAGCUGCACCUCCUCAUCUUGUCCUGCAGGAAGCUGUUCUACUUCAAAAUCUGGGCUUUCCUCGAUGUUCGGUUUGUGGAGCGGAUCCUGAAGAGUCAGGAGGAGGGGCAGUGCACCCUGCGCACGCUCAAGGUGAGAAUUUACACAAACAGAUAUGAGACGAACGAGGAAGACAGGACACUGCGGGAAAUUUACCGGAGGUACCGUAAGCUGAUUGACUCGGAACUGAACUAUUUUGUCAUCGCAUACCCCAUGAUGUAA